AUGUCUGAAAUACCGCGCCAGCAGGUGGUCAUUGUCGGAAUCGACGAAAAUGCGAAGAUGGGACUCGAACAGCGAUCCGAUGUGCUAGGAAAAUGGUACUAUGCAGCGGAGCGCACAUCGGACAACGAUGACCGUCUGGUCCACUUGUGCAAACAGACGGGCCUCAUCAUCGCUUCCACGUUUAGGAGGAAUCAUCGACGCCCUUUAACGCCUGAAGAGCAGCGCAAGCGGAAGGUGAGGACUCUUAAGCUUCAGCUCGACUACGUUCUGGUGAGAAACAUUGCUCAGUCAGAUAUCCGAAAAUCUAGAGCUGUUUGGGACGCGUUCGACUCUGACCACCGUCCAGUUCUUCUCAGCAUCAAGAUACUGUUCCACAAGUGA